AUGGCUUCAGAGCCUAAUUCCUUCGGAGUCCACCUCGGCUUCUGGACGAACUGGUCGCAUGGCAAAGUUCAGGGGGCCACGAUCACGUUGACUCAAAGGAAUGGUGGAUUCUUGAUUGCCUUUCUGGCCAUCUUCGUUGGAAUGGUCGGGAAGAGCUUCUGGAGACUUGGGUGCUUUUGCAUGCACCGAUAUUUCUCCUCCUCUGAUCCUGAAGAUGGUCUUUACCACCAACGACAAGCCAUCCUCCGAAAUUCCGACACAGCGCAGGACGCCGCCUGGCGACUCUUCAUUUCACUCCUCUCAUGGCGCUCCGGUGCUCGUGCCCGCCGACCCAUUGCCCGACUCUUCCCCAUCAUUCUCGGCGCGCUUCUCAUCUCUUCCGCCUUCGGAAUCGCAUCCAUCUUCUCCUCCCACGUGACAACCGACACAACGAGCGAAGUGCUUCUAACAGGCGCAAGAUGUGGCGUAGUCAACCAAAAAAAACCGCAUAACAUCACCAAAAUGCUGGAACUGCUGCUUCCAUACUACACCGAGCGCGCAAGCCAGGUAUUGAACUAUGGUCUACAAUGCUAUACCAAUUCGUCCAACGUCGACGGCUGUAACUUGUAUAUUAAGCCCCAGCUACCCAUCUUCGCGAACCGUGAGGCUGGAUGCCCGUUCAGCGAUGGUAUCUGCAAGAUGAAUACGGGUAACUUGAUACUUGAUACAGGACUGCUGGAUAGUCUUGAUCAUUUUGGCAUCAAUACGUCACCAAAAGAGCGGUUUCAGAUGCGCAUAGUACAGCAUUGUGCCCCCAUUGUGACAGAAGGGUAUACCGAAACCUAUAAUGAGACUGAUCUUGGGCCUAUGGUACGAUAUCUAUACGGCCCUAAUAUACAGAUCAACGGCACGCGCUGCUCCAUGCUCUCCUACGCACCCCCUGAUCCAGCACUCUACCCCACCGGCACAAACGACUUCAUCCCCAUCCCACCACUUACCCGGCAAGAUGCGGAUGUGUCCUUGAUGUACGUCUCGGCGCCCGGCAUUCGUUUCUCUGCCCCGGUCGACGACCCCUGGCUAUCCGCCCACAAACCCGCUACCAACCUCGUUGAACACGAAACCAACCAAACGCGCCCUUCCUACAUCCAAGACGAACCCGCCGGAAUAAUGGCCUGCGCAACACAAUACCAAUACUGCAAUCCUUCCACCAAAGAAUGCGAGCCAUUGCGUGGACUUAUUGAUCCUAGGAAAGGCACUCCUUUAAAGAAGAUCUUUCCAAAUAAAAGGCAGUUUGAUACCUUGUCGUGGGCCGACGGAAACCUCGUAUCCAACUUCUUCAGCUCUCACGGACUCGUCGGGUUCAUCGGCGCGUCGGCGCUGCGCGCGCGAUACGGCUUAUCGUACGGAUACCAAGGCCCGCUUCCGUCGAAUCAAUGGCAACUCGAAGUCGAACACUUGCUCAAAGGCACUCUCGCAUCUGUCCAGGACGUCUGGGUUACCAUGGCAAAUGGGGCGCCGCACGUACUCGACGACUUCCUACAGCCCCCGGACGCCAAUGACACCGUUGCACGCAGUAUGUGCGCGAACCAGAAGAUCAUGAGCCAGAAAUACUCGUCCUUUAACGUCCUCGGGAUUUCCUUGAUCCUGAUUUUGGGCGCUUGGAUUAUGGUCAUGGAUAUCGGACUUGAGCCAGCGGUCGCAUGGUGGCAGCGACGCCGGUACCUUCGCCACCACAUGCAGGAUAAAUUCUUCUCCGCUGCUGACCAUCCACUUUAUGCGGCGCUAGAAUGGAGUCACACUUCCACACUCCAACUCCAGCGUCUGGCCCAUGAAGAAGCAGGUUAUGGGGCGUGGAGUAAAGGCGAUGGGGAUUGUCCAGUUACGAUGCCAGGGCAAAAUCUUGGAUCUUUAGAUCUUCGCGAUAUCAAACACCCGGUGAUAAAGCGCGAGGAGAAGUGGGCGAAGGAGUGGGAGGAUGUGAUGAAGAUCAAGGAAUUUGGAGGGAUUAGGAGGACGGAUACGGGGUUGGAGACGUUGGUUGAGGACGUGCAAGCGGAGAGGAUGCAGGUGGGCGUAGGGAAAGGUGGGGGGAGGGAUGCAGUGAAAGAGGAGGAGAUGGACGUUAUUGUUACGGUUGUGGAGGCGAGGGAGAGGGAGGGAGGACGGUGA